GCGGCGGCGGCGGCGGGGCGGCCCGAGGGGAUGCAGCAGCAGUCCGGAGGCGCGGCCGAGUCCACUAGACGGAGACCGGCGGCGGCGCUCGGGCUUCGCAGCGCCCGGACCUGAGCCGGAGCCCCGGUGCCCAAGGACUAGGGGCGCGGGAGAUCGCAGCGCUUCCCGGGGACCCCUGGGCGGCGGCGCGAGCCCCGGAGAGGAGGGGGCAGAAGAGGCUCCGCCUGCCGCGGCCCUCCCCCUCCCCACUGCCACUGGUACCUCCCUAAAAAUAACUCGGGCCCGCCGGGCCGGGAGGAGCCGCCAGUGUCCCCCGAGAGGAGCCGGGGAGGCGUGCCGAGCCAGGGCCCGGAGGGAGCCGGGCGCGCCUGGAAGCCUCGCAGGCCGAGCGGCGAGGAAGCGGAGGAGGAGGAGGAGGAGGAGUUCCCGGGCUCCGGGCCGCAGGGACCGACCUCGGCCGCGGGGUUCGGGGCAGGGCGCAGCCCGCGCCCUUCGCGCCCGUCCCGCGCUCCGGAACGCAGGGCCCCGCCGAGCCGCCCGCCGCGGGCCCAGCGCCGCCGCGGGUUUGGCCGAUCGGCCCCGGGCGGCGGGCGGAACGCGCAGGGCGGAGGCGCCGGCUGCGCUGGGCCGGGAGGAGGCCGGCGAGGGUGCGGAGCGGCCCCGGCCCCGGCCCCGGCCCCGGCCCGGCCGGCGGGGGGAGAUGGCGUCCUACGUGGAUAACAGCUUCCGCCAAGCCGUGAUGAAGAACCCCGCGGAGAGGACCCCUCAGGAUCUGGAAAUAGUGUAUUCCUAUUUGCAUGGUAUGGAAGCCUUGUCAAACCUGAGGGAGCAUCAACUCAGGUUAAUGUGUGAAACUGUGAGAUACGAAAGACACGAAGCAAAUGAGGUUUUAUACUAUCCUGAUGACAUUGGGACCUGCUGGUAUAUUCUCCUCUCUGGUUCCGUGUUCAUCAAGGAGUCCAUGUUUCUUCCAAGAAGCAGUUUCGGCAAACGUUCUGCAGGGAGCUUUAGGCGUGGCUGCGAGUGCAUUGUCUUAGAGCCUUCUGAAAUGAUUGUGGUGGACUAUAUGGAUGAAAAUGAAGAGUACUUUCAACGACAAGCUUCCCACAGACAGUCUCGGAGGCGAUUUAGGAAAAUCAACCAGAAAGGGGAAAGGCAAACGAUCAUCGACACCGUGGAUCCUUAUCCUGUGGGCAAACCCCCUUUGCCGAGGGGCUACCACACGGAAUGCACUAAAUCUCAGCUUCCUGCAGAUUUCACAAAACUGCACCUUACUGACAGUCUCCACCCACAGGUGACCCACGUUUCUUCUAGCCAUUCAGGAUGUAGUAUCACUAGUGAUUCUGGAAGCAGCAGUCUCUCUGAUAUCUACCAGGCCACCGAAAGUGAGGCUGGUGAUAUGGACCUGAGUGGGCUGCCAGAAACGGCGGUGGAUUCCGAGGACGACGACGAUGAGGAAGACAUCGAGCGGGCGUCGGAUCCUCUGAUGAGCAGGGACAUUGUUCGAGACUGCCUGGAGAAGGACCCGAUCGACAGGACGGACGAUGACAUUGAACAACUCCUGGAAUUCAUGCACCAGUUGCCUGCUUUUGCCAACAUGACGAUGUCGGUGAGACGAGAACUCUGUGCCGUGAUGGUGUUCGCGGUGGUGGAAAGAGCAGGAACUAUAGUGUUAAAUGAUGGUGAAGAGCUGGACUCCUGGUCAGUGAUUCUCAAUGGUUCUGUGGAAGUGACUUAUCCGGAUGGCAAGGCAGAGAUAUUAUGCAUGGGAAAUAGUUUUGGAGUCUCUCCGACCAUGGACAAAGAGUACAUGAAAGGGGUAAUGAGGACAAAGGUGGAUGACUGCCAGUUUGUCUGCAUAGCCCAGCAAGAUUACUGCCGAAUUCUCAACCAGGUAGAAAAGAACAUGCAAAAAGUCGAAGAAGAAGGAGAGAUUGUUAUGGUGAAAGAACACCGAGAACUGGAUCGAACUGGCACAAGAAAGGGACACAUCGUUAUCAAGGGCACCUCAGAACGGCUAACAAUGCACUUGGUGGAAGAACACUCGGUAGUGGAUCCAACAUUCAUAGAAGACUUCCUGUUGACCUAUAGGACUUUUCUCUCCAGCCCAAUGGAAGUGGGCAAAAAGUUAUUGGAGUGGUUUAAUGACCCGAGCCUCAGGGAUAAGGUUACACGGGUAGUUUUAUUGUGGGUAAAUAAUCACUUCAAUGACUUUGAAGGAGACCCGGCAAUGACUCGAUUUCUAGAAGAAUUUGAAAACAACCUGGAAAGGGAGAAAAUGGGUGGGCAUCUCAGGCUGCUAAAUAUCGCAUGUGCAGCUAAAGCAAAAAGAAGAUUGAUGACGUUAACAAAACCGUCCCGCGAAGCUCCUUUGCCUUUUAUCUUACUCGGAGGCUCUGAGAAGGGAUUCGGAAUCUUUGUUGACAGUGUAGAUUCAGGUAGCAAAGCAACUGAAGCAGGCUUGAAACGUGGGGAUCAGAUAUUAGAAGUAAACGGCCAAAACUUUGAAAAUAUUCAGCUGUCAAAAGCCAUGGAAAUUCUUAGAAAUAACACACACUUAUCUAUCACUGUGAAAACCAAUUUAUUUGUAUUUAAAGAACUUCUAACAAGAUUGUCGGAAGAGAAAAGAAAUGGUGCCCCUCACCUUCCUAAAAUUGGAGACAUCAAGAAGGCCAGCCGCUACUCCAUUCCCGAUCUCGCUGUAGAUGUGGAACAGGUGAUAGGCCUUGAGAAAGUCAACAAAAAAAGUAAAGCAAACACUGUUGGAGGAAGGAACAAGCUAAAAAAAAUACUUGACAAGACUCGGAUAAGUAUCUUGCCACAGAAACCAUAUAAUGACAUUGGGAUUGGCCAGUCCCAAGACGACAGCAUUGUAGGAUUAAGGCAGACAAAGCACAUCCCGACUGCGCUGCCUGUCAGUGGAACCUUGUCAUCCAGCAAUCCUGACUUACUGCAGUCACAUCAUCGCAUUUUAGACUUCAGCACCACUCCUGACUUGCCAGAUCAGGUGCUAAGAGUUUUCAAGGCUGAUCAGCAGAGCCGAUACAUCAUGAUCAGCAAGGACACCACAGCGAAGGAAGUGGUCGUGCAGGCUAUCCGGGAGUUCGCGGUCACUGCCACCCCGGAUCAGUAUUCGCUGUGUGAGGUCUCUGUCACUCCUGAGGGAGUCAUCAAGCAAAGACGACUUCCAGAUCAGCUUUCCAAACUUGCCGAUAGAAUACAACUGAGUGGAAGGUAUUACCUGAAAAACAACAUGGAGACGGAAACGCUGUGUUCGGAUGAGGAUGCCCAGGAGCUGCUGAGAGAGAGUCAGAUUUCGCUGCUGCAGCUGAGCACGGUCGAAGUGGCCACGCAGCUCUCCAUGCGCAAUUUCGAACUCUUCCGCAACAUCGAGCCUACGGAAUACAUAGAUGACUUAUUUAAACUCAAAUCGAAAACCAGCUGUGCCAACCUGAAGCAAUUUGAAGAAGUCAUUAACCAGGAAACGUUUUGGGUGGCAUCGGAAAUCCUGCGAGAGACAAACCAGCUGAAGAGGAUGAAGAUCAUUAAGCAUUUCAUCAAAAUAGCCCUGCACUGCAGGGAAUGCAAGAAUUUUAACUCAAUGUUUGCCAUCAUCAGUGGCCUAAACCUGGCACCAGUGGCAAGACUACGGACCACCUGGGAAAAACUUCCUAAUAAAUAUGAAAAACUAUUUCAAGAUCUCCAAGACCUGUUCGAUCCCUCCAGAAACAUGGCGAAAUACCGCAACGUGCUCAACAGUCAAAACCUACAGCCUCCCAUAAUCCCUCUGUUCCCAGUCAUCAAGAAGGACCUCACGUUCCUCCACGAAGGAAACGACUCGAAGGUCGACGGGCUGGUCAACUUUGAGAAGCUAAGGAUGAUCGCAAAGGAGAUCCGUCACGUGGGCCGCAUGGCGUCCGUGAACAUGGACCCCGCCCUCAUGUUCAGGACUCGGAAGAAGAAAUGGCGGAGUCUGGGGUCUCUCAGCCAAGGCAGCACCAACGCAGCGGUGCUGGAUGUGGCUCAGACAGGUGGCCACAAAAAGCGGGUACGCCGCAGCUCCUUUCUCAACGCCAAGAAGCUGUAUGAAGACGCCCAGAUGGCUCGGAAGGUGAAGCAGUACCUGUCCAAUCUGGAGCUGGAGAUGGAUGAGGAGAGUCUGCAGACACUGUCGCUGCAGUGCGAGCCAGCCACCAACACACUGCCCAAGAAUCCUGGUGACAAAAAGCCCGUCAAGUCCGAGACCUCCCCGGUGGCUCCAAGGGCAGGGUCACAGCAGAAGGCACAGCCUCAACCCCAGCCGCAGCCGCAGCCGCCACCACACAAAGUCAGCCAAGGACUGCAGGUUCCUGCUGUGUCCCUGUACCCUUCACGGAAGAAGGUGCCUGUGAAGGACCUCCCGCCUUUCGGCAUAAACUCUCCACAAGCUUUAAAGAAAAUUCUCUCUUUGUCUGAAGAAGGAAGUUUAGAGCGUCACAAGAAACAGGCUGAGGAUACGAUAUCAAACGCGUCUUCCCAGCUCUCUUCUCCACCCACGUCGCCCCAGAGCUCUCCCAGGAAAGGCUAUACCUUGGCUCCCAGUGGAACUGUGGAUAACUUUUCGGACUCUGGCCACAGUGAAAUCUCCUCGCGCUCCAGUAUCGUCAGCAAUUCUUCUUUUGACUCUGUGCCAGUCUCGCUGCACGAGGAGCGGCGCCAGAGACAUUCUGUCAGCAUCGUGGAGACAAGCCUAGGUGUGGGCAGGAUGGAGCGGCGGGCCAUGACUGAACCCGACCAGUACAGCCUGGGGUCCUACGCAGCGAUGUCUGAGAGUCGAGGAUUGUAUGCCACGGCCACGGUGAUCUCUUCUCCCAGCACAGAGGAACUUUCCCAAGAUCAAGGGGACCGCGCCUCCCUCGACGCUGCCGACAGCGGCCGUGGGAGCUGGACGUCCUGCUCUAGUGGUUCCCACGACAACAUACAGACCAUCCAGCACCAGAGAAGCUGGGAGACGCUGCCAUUCGGGCACACCCACUUUGAUUAUUCAGGGGACCCUGCGGGCUUAUGGGCCUCAAGCAGCCAUAUGGACCAAAUGAUGUUUUCUGAUCAUAGCACCAAGUAUAACAGGCAGAAUCAAAGCAGAGAGAGUCUGGAGCAAGCCCAGUCCCGGGCCAGCUGGGCGUCAUCCACAGGUUACUGGGGAGAGGACUCGGAAGGGGACACGGGCACAAUCAAGCGGCGGGGCGGGAAAGAUGUUUCCAUGGAAGCGGAGAGCAGCAGCGUGGCUCCGGUGACCGCGGAGGACACCAAGCCCGUCCCCGUGCCUGCCCACAUAGCCGCGACGUCGAGCACGGCCAAGGGGCUCAUUGCGCGGAAGGAGGGCAGGUAUCGAGAGCCCCCACCCACCCCUCCAGGCUACAUCGGAAUUCCCAUCACGGACUUUCCAGAAGGACACCCCCAUCCAGCCAGGAAGCCCCCGGACUACAACGUGGCCCUUCAGAGGUCCCGGAUGGUGGCCCGAUCCUCGGAUGCGGCUGGGCCUUCCCCGGUUCAGCAGCCGCCUGGGCACGCAGCGGGCAGCAGGCCUGCAAGCAAACCUCAGUGGCACAAGCCCAACGAGUCGGACCCGCGCCUUGCCCCCUACCAGUCCCCAGGGUUUUCCACCGAGGAGGACGAAGAUGAGCAGGUCUCUGCUGUCUGAGGCACAGGCGUUUCUGGAUCCAGCGUGAGCCACCCACAAGGAGAGCACAAGAGACGCCCCUCCCGUCGGAGCCUUGGAACUCGCAUUCUGCGGGUGGUGGACCAGUUUGCCUCCUUCCCUGCCUUAACGCAGCAUGGGGCUUCUUCUCCCUUCUUCCCGUCCCCUUUGCAUGUGAAAUACUGUGAAGAAAUUGCCCUGGCACUUUGCAGACUUUGUUGCUUGAAAUGCACAGUGCAGCAGUCUCUGAGCGCCCACUGCUGCUGCCUGCCACGUCACACAGUGUCAUUCCAGAUUCCACGAUCACCGCGACAAGACGAUUCACUCUGGCUGCACUUCUCAAUGCCUGCAAGGAUUUUUUUUUUUUUUUUUUUUAAAUCUUCCUUAUAGAUUUCAAUCCAGUCCCAGCACUUGGUCUCAUUGGGAUAAUGAGAAAAGCUAGCCAUUGAACUACUUGGGGCCUUGAACCCACCAAGGAAGACAAAGAGAAACAAGAAAUCCUUUGAGUACAGUGCUUGUCCACUUGUUUACAAUGUCUUUUAUUUUUUAUUUUUAUUUUUAAUGAGUUUAAAGAUUGUGUUCAGAGAGUAAAUGUUAUAUCCAUUUAUUGAUUACAGUAUUAUUUUGAUCCUUAAAUAGGGUUGCCAGCCUGGGUUUCUGCAAAACCAAAUAUGCCGGACACGGUGUGGCCACACCAAGAAAAGGGGACGGCUGGGCUCACAGCCCUCUCUUCCCACGUCCUUGUGGCCUCACCUGCGAAGUGCCCUAUCCGGAAGUUUAAAACAUUGGCCAAUUCCUUCCAUGCCGAGACGCCUCUGCCGCCACCCCUUCCCCAGUUGGUGGGGUCUUCUGUAGAACUGUUUGCACAUGGCCAGGGGAGAGAAGUGGGACUCCUGCGUCCUCUUGAGCCUUACGGAGGCAGGACAGUGUCAUCUGAGGGUGUGUCCUGCUCCACUGAGACAGAUGGCAAACCCCAGCAUUUAAGUUAUGUUUCUUAGAUUUUUGUUAAUUGAGAAUUUUAGGGUUUUUUUCUUUUUUUUUCUUUUUUUAAGAGAAACAGUUAUAACUGGAUAGCAUUGCAGUGAAAGCAGCUUGGGGUGUUGGAGCUAAUGCCAGCUGUUAAUACUGCUCUUUCAAGACAGCUUCCCUUUACCGAAUUGGCAUUAGGGAAUAAACAAGCCUUUAAACGUGGUAUAAAAGAUCAGAAACCUGGUUAGACUUGCCAGCCUUCGCAAGGCAGGUUAGUCAUCAGAGACUACCCAUGAAGUGGCUUUACGGACAGAGCGUGUGGAGAAGGUCUACGUGUAGCACCCGUCUGCUCACAGCUGCUAUUAACCCCGUACGGACUGAAAUGACCCCUCCACUCUGUUUUUGUGUUGUUUUUGCACAGACUCCGGAAAUGCGAAGGCUGCCAAUCCGAGUAGUACUCAAAUGUGAGGAGCUGCUGGUCUUGGAUUUUUUUUCCAUUAAAUUCAGCUGAUCAUAUUGAUCAGUAGAUAAACGUAAAUAGCUUCAAAUUUUAAAAGUCGAAUUGCAGUGUUUUUUCACUGUAUCAAACAAUGUCAGUGCUUUAUUUAAUAUUUCUCUCCUGUAUCAUGGCAUUUGUCUACUUGCUUAUAUAUUACAUUGUCAAUUAUGCAUUUGUAAUUUUACAUGUAAUAUGCAUUCUUUGCCAGUUUUAUUAUAUAGGCUAUGGACCUCAUGUGCAUAUAGAAAGACAAAAAUCUAGCUCUACCACAAGUUGCACAAAUGUUAUCUAAACAUUAAGUAAUCGUAGAACAUAGGACUGCUAAUCUCAGUUCGCUCUGUGAUGUCAAGUGCAGAAUGUACAAUUAACUGGUGAUUUCCUCAUACUUUUGAUACUACUUGUACCUGUAUGUCUUUUAGAAAGACAUUGGUGGAGUCUGUAUCCCUUUUGUAUUUUUAAUACAAUAAUUGUACAUAUUGGUUAUAUUUUUGUUGAAGAUGGUAGAAAUGUACUAUGUUUAUGCUUCUACAUCCAGUUUGUAUAAGCUGGAAAAUAAACAGAUAUAACAUA